AUGCCUCACCUACCUCAUCCGAUCAAGCAUCAUCAUGAGAAGAAGGCCAAUGACAAGCCGAAUCUAGACAGCAAAGACAGCAGCAAUGACAUAGAGAAGAUCAACACAGACUACAAGGGCAAACUGGACGAAGUUGCGAUCAAGGCACGUGGGCAACACAACGAGAAUACCAGUGGUGAUGACAGUGGCAGCGGAUCAUAUACGAACGCAGCCAUAGAAACAGUGUCUCAGUAUGUCCCCGCGCUGGGCAAGAUGCUGGGCAAGGAGGACACGCAGGAAGAGUCGACUACUGCACCCCAGACCAGCAUUCCAGGCCCACCUGAGCGGCCCGACCACGACCUACAGAUAGAGGAAUUCGUACGUGACCAGCAUCGCAGCAAGAAGCCCGACGGGCAGAUGGAGUAG